UUCUUUUCCAGAUCGUAUGACCUUAUAAUGUUGUGGAAGGGUUUGAUGGGACCAAAGCGUGAGAGAAUGAUGGGCGACGGGGGGCCUUGAGCGAUGAGCUUCUCACCCUGCCCAUGGACCUCCCCACGACAGUGCAGAUCUUCUUCAGCGUGGGGUCGCGCCACGAAACCGCGCAUUUCAGAUCCGACACCCCCACAGAUCAAAUCAAAGAUUUGUUCCGUUCUGCAGCGGAGGCGGGCCCUAGGGAUAUCUUGAAGUUGUAUAACCGCGGAGGACAACUGCUGAACAUUAGUCAGGACCUGCCGGUAAAUUGUCCCGAAGAGCCGUACUCGCUGCAGGUGGUGGCGGCAAGCGGAUGCGCGAUGAUGGAGGAAACCACCGGCGCCCAUCUCCAAGAGCUAGAGGCGCGAAUAUCGGAAAUCGAGAGGCAGCUAAAAGCCGACAUUCCGCUGCCUCCGACCGUCAACCAGCUGGAGAGGCAGGUCGACGAUUUCAGGCUCAAAUUGGAGACAACGGAGAGCCUCAGCUGGUUGGGAUUUUACAAGCAACUGCCAGAACCGUUGUCGACGGAAGAAUGCAGGAAGCUGCAGUAUAGGAGGAAGAGCGAUUCGCUGAAACAGCGAGUGAAGCAAAAUUUCCUGAACAUUUGUGAUGCCCAAGUUUCUGAUUCAGUUAGGCAAUGGCUUCGGAUGCCGACGUUCGAUAGCAGACAAUGGGAGGACGAAGAACUGCUCCUUCUUUUGCAGCAAAUGUAUUUAGACCACGAUCUCUGCACGAAAUUCGCUAUUAACAUUAAUACGCUGAGGAACUUCCUAUACGAGGCUUACAAGAAUUAUAACGAUGUUCCAUUUCACAACUUCAGACACUGCUUCUGCGUGGCGCAAAUGAUGUACGCGAUUUCAUGGUGGGUUGAUCUACCGUCAAAGAUCGGCGAUCUGGAGGUGCUCAUACUCCUGACCUCUUGCAUCUGCCACGAUCUCGACCAUCCAGGGUACAACAAUAUCUACCAGAUUAACGCAAAGACCGAGCUAGCAUUGCGAUAUAACGACAUAUCCCCAUUGGAAAAUCACCAUUGUAGCGUGGCGUUUCGGUUAUUGGAGAACGAGGAUUGCAACAUAUUCAAGUCGUUUUCGAGUGAAACCUUCAAGCAGAUCCGCGAGGGCAUGAUUAGAUGUAUACUGGCUACAGACAUGGCCAGACACAAUGAAAUCCUUCAACAAUUCAAGGAAGCCAUACCGGAAUUUGAUUAUUCCAACAAGACGCACGUUAAUUUGCUCUGCAUGGUCUUAAUAAAAGUCUCGGAUAUAUCGAACGAAGCCCGGCCGAUGGACGUGGCCGAGCCGUGGCUGGACAGGCUGCUGCAGGAGUUUUUCAAGCAAAGCGAUGCGGAAAAACUUGAGGGAUUACCUGUGACCCCUUUCAUGGACCGUGAAAAGAUCACCAAACCCUCAUCGCAGUGCUCGUUUAUUGGGUUUGUACUGCUCCCACUCUUUGAAACCCUGGGCGAGUUGCUGACUGAAUUGCAGGAUCUGAUAGUUCAGCCGGUGAGAGACGCGCUCGAUUACUACAGGAGGCUCAACGAGGCAACCAAAGAGGAGCGUCUGCACAGGAAGAGUAUUGUCGCCGAAUUGGCAGAGCAACUACCGUCACCGCAGAACUCAGAGGGCAGCGUCAAUUCUGGAGUUUCCAAGUCGGCAUCCGCAUCGAGCAUAAGGCUCCGCAAAAGCCUGAGCUUCCAACAGAAUCGAUCCAGAUCGCGUUCAACCGAUGAGGACAUGGAAACUGGCGAGGAGGCUGCGAUCGUAAACAGCGAGGAUCAGAGUCUGGAGGACGUCGCCGAGGACCCGGAGAGCGGCGAUUCGGAGACUGCGACGGAGGUGGAGGUGUCUGAGAAGGCGCUCAAGUUCAAGAUUUCCACAGAAGGUAACGUGUCGACGGGCCGAAAGAGUUAUCCGGGCUCGCGGAAGGGCAGUAGGGAAAGGGUACAACAUUUCGAACUUUCUAAGAUGGUAGUGCAACGCGGCAAGCUGAGACCAGGCGCGCUAAGCUUCGACCAGAACUCGUUGACCAACAACAAGAAGCUCUCCUUCGACCCGCCCGAAUUUCUAGACGAAUACGCUAUCAAUUUUAAACAGAAAUUUGAUUAUGUAGGUGGUGGUGGCGUCUGCGGUGCGGAGCAACCGGACUGCAUCCUCUCCAAGGAAACGCUCAACUUGAACAAGAGGAAUUCGGAGCAUUCGGUGAAGGUGCCGACGGGGUUAGAGGAGAAGCGCAGUAUCCUCAAGAACACCGAGAACAAAGCGCUUGGGGAGCCAAUUAUGAAACCUAACUCGACCGGUGCAUUCGGUGAGCACUUCAUCGUCGACGAGAUUAAAGUGGAGGAGAACAAAAUUACCAAUGAGAAAAAGAACUUCUUGCUGAAGAACCUGAUGAAGCAGAAGAGCGAGGCGAACACCACGAUAACCGUCGAUAAGCCUGAAGCGAACACAACUUCAUCAACCACCAACAGCGACCUGAAGAGCUCUAGAUCGAUUCUAUCGCGCUUCAAGCAGUUCACCGAUAAAUUGGGCAUGUCCUUGGAUAAAGAUAGUCGAAUGAAAGGAAGCUCCAAAAGCUCAGUCCGCAACAACAACAGCGAUCGCAACACUCUACCUCAUCACGGUCGCAAAAAGGACGACUCAUCUCCUUGCUGCCAACUCGUCGAUGGAGGAACCGCUUCGGAGGACAUACGCAAGGCUAGCACUCUGCCAAAGACCAAGAAGCUCGGCUUCAACAAGAAGAAUUGGAAGUCGCUUAUAAUGGGUAAGGAGAAGGCGGCGUCGAGCAGCCUCGAGGGUUGGAAUUCCGAUGCAGAUGUAGCAAAAGCCGGUCCCGAUUCAGAUACGCAAUCGAUUCCUUCCACCUCUCAAUCACAAAGCAACUGCACAAUAGAUGCUCCGAAAUGCGGUGAUUUCGACGAGGUCAAAAAGAAGGCGACGGAUGAAGAAGAAUUGGAGCAGCAGCAGGAACAGCAGAAGCAGGAAGAGGAAGAAAUUACUUGCUGCCGCCGUCCGAGCAGUUACGCAAAGAAACUGGAUCCACCGUCGGAAUUGAUUGGCAAGCAGCCCACCAAAAUGCAGGAAAAUCAACUUGCGAACAAAGAAACUGCAGACGUAAUAUGACAUGAAAUCAACCCACCGGAACGAGAAGGUUUCACUAGAUACAUAUUUUGUCAUUGUUGUAAAUAUAAAAAAGCCAACUUUAGGGAAAAUGUUUAGACUGUUGUAUAUAAAAUUUUAAGUUGUUUUUUUUUUAUUAUUUAUUUAUAUAUUUAUUUUAUAUUUUGUAAAUUGUAUUUUUAUUUUUCCUAAUAUAGCAGCGAAGUUAGACUUUGGCAAUUUUCGUAACGGCGCGUGUUUGUCUCCUCUCUAGACUUACAUAUUUAUUUUAUGGACUUAUAUUACAACGUCAAAGCAUUUUUAUAAAAUUUAACAAAAAUUAACAUGCGCAACGUAAAAGUGCUUUGUACCUGUAAUAAUAAUUAAUAUACUGACCAUUCGUUACAUUCAGUUUUAUUGAAUAUUAUUUAGACUUGCAGCUG